CUCACAACUUACAACUCGCAACUAAACAGCGGGUAUCUUAGCUAGACGACCAGACGAACCGCGAUGUCCGAGAUCAUUUAACACGAUAUUUUCGGUCAAAUCACCAUCCGAUAGCGUUGAGAUACCUCAGCGCAUCUACCAAAGAUGCAUAUACCGGUGCAGACGCUGUCAAUCGCGGUACUGCUAGCUCUACCAGCAGCCGUGCGCGCCGUCUUCAAGGACGAAGUCGGCCACAUCGACUACCACCACGAGCUCCUCGGCGUGCCCCAACGCGAAACCACAUUCUUCCACCGCCCUAGACCGCAAGAGAAAGCGAGCUUACUAUACACCCUCAGCGACCUAGGCGUCCUCGGCGCCGUCAACCCGGGCAAUGGCGCCGUCGUGUGGCGGCAGCUGCUAAGCAAUAAUAUCACGAACGGAGGAGGCCAUCUCCGAGCCGGAGAGGACGAGACGUGGCUUGCUAGCGCGCUAGGCAGCUCUGUGCAUGCCUGGGACGCUAUCAGCGGACGUAAUGUGUGGACGUUGGAUUUCGGGGGCGAGGUUAAGGACUUGGAGGUCAUGGAGAUGACGGCGAAUAACCACAAGGAUGUUCUAGCACUACACCAAGAAGACGGUGCAACUGUCACGCGGAGAAUAGAUGGGACGGAGGGACGCGUGGUUUGGGAGUUCAGGGAGGUCACGGGCGAUGUGCCCCUGCAGGUCAGCACGAAUCUCGAGAAGGUGUUUGUUGUUACUCUACACGGAUCGCUGCUCUCGUAUAACCUAAAGGUGCUUGUCCUGGAUACCUUGACUGGGAAGAAACUCGACGAGAUCGUUAUCGGCACGAAAGGCGAGGUGCAGAAGCCGGAAGACGUGCAGUUCGUCGGCGCCAAUUCCGCUGCCCCGGUUGUUGCUUGGACGGACAAUACCCUGACGAAGCUCAAGGUCAAUGUUCUUGGGUCUAAGAACAGGCAGGAAUUUCCUCUUAUACCUGAUGCUGUGGGCGUGGAGGUUCAUGCCCCGCAUACGACGCGCUCGUCGCCGCAUUUCCUCGUGCAUACCCGCACUGCGAAGGGGAGUAAGGCGGAUGUGUUCCACGUCGAUCUUAAGAGUAAUGCUAUUACUAAGGCUUACGACUUGCCGUUGCUUGAGGGGGGAAGCGCUUUCUCUACUAGUUCGUCUGAUGCGAAUGUCUACUUUACUCGGGUUACUGCCGAUGAGGUUAUCGUCACCUCAUCUGUUUCUCACGGCAUCUUAGGCCGUUGGCCUUUGAAAUCUACGGCGGAGAAGCUUAUUGCUGUGCAUUGUGUCUCUGAGGUUAUUAAGAAGGCGGAGGAUAACUACGCUGUGAGAUCAGUUGUUGUCACGGAUGCCGAUGAUUGGUCUCAGAUCGUCAAUGGUGAUGUAUCCUGGACUCGACCUGAAGGUUUGAGUGGCGCUGUUGCUGCUACGUGGGCGGAGAUUCCCGAGUCGGAAGAUUUAGCGAAGACUUUGGAAGCUGAGGCGCACACCGACCCCUGGUCUGCUUUUGUUCACCGGUUGACUCGUCAUAUCGACGAAUUGCAGUACUUGCCCGCGUUCUUGCAGACUAUUCCCCAACGGCUUUUCGCUAGCAUUCUCGGCUCGGAGACUUCCGCGUUUAGUGGUACACUUUCGCGCGACAGCUUUGGGUUCAACAAGCUUGUUGUUCUAGCGACGAAGCGUGGUAAGCUGUAUGGUCUUGAUGCUGGAAACCAUGGACGGAUUGUCUGGUCCAAGUCGGCGAACGAAACGCCUGGGAGCAAGCCUUGGGAUGUCAAGGCUAUCUAUGCCGAUGAUGCAAAGGGACUUGUCACCGUCCGCGGUGCUCAGGGCGAAUUCAUCAUUGUCAAGUCGGAUACUGGGAAGACUAUUGAGUCGUUACCAGUUGGCUUAUUCCCAUCGGUUGAGAGUGCUGUUCUAGUGGAUAGCGAUGCUGGUCCUUGGCUGUUGCCUAUCGGCGAAGGUGGAAAGAUUGCUGAGGUGCAGAGUUCGUUCGCCCCUAAGGAGACUGUUGUUACGAGAACAAGUGAUGGUGGAAUCAGAGGUGUGAAGUUUGUCUCGAAGGGCGAGCUAGCUGUCGAGGUCCCAACAUGGAUUUUCACACCCCCUACUGGACAGAAAAUUGUCGAAGUGGCGAGUCGUUCUGAACACGACCCGAUUGCAUCGAUUGGCCGAGUGCUAGGAGAUCGUACUGUCAAAUACAAGUACUUGAACCCGAACACUCUUGUAGUUGCCGCAAUUGACGAACAGGCAACUUCGCUUACGGUCUACCUCCUAGAUACAGUAUCCGGACAAGUCCUAACCUCAUCAACAUACGAAGGCGUCGACCCAACGAAAGACAUCACCUGCGCCGUAGCCGAGAACUGGUUCCUCUGCUCGUUCUUCGGCCAAUACAAACUCCGCGACGCGCAACCACAGCAACUUAAAGGCUACCAAAUCGUCGUAUCCGACCUCUACGAAUCAGACGAAGCCAACAACCGCGGGCCCCUCGGCGACGCAGUUAACUUCUCGUCCCUAGACCCGGUCGAUACACCCACAGGCCCAUACCUCCCCUCCGUCGUAUCCAAGACAUUUAUCCUAUCCAGCCCCAUCACCUCUCUCGCCGUAACCAAAACCCGCCAGGGCAUCACGAGCAGACAGCUCCUAGCCUACCUCCCCGAAUCCCGCUCCAUCGUCGGCAUCCCCCGCCUCGCCCUCGAGCCCCGCCGUCCCGUAGGCCGCGACCCAACACCCGCGGAAAUGGAAGAGGGGUUGUCGAAGUACUUCCCCGCCAUUGAACUUAACCCACAGAUGCAGAUUACACACCAGAGAGAAGUGCUAGGUGUAAAGGAAAUUAUCACCACGCCUGCGGCUCUGGAGAGCACGUGCUUGGUUUUUGCCUACGGCGUGGAUGUGUUUGGGACUAGGGUCGCGCCGAGUCUCGCUUUCGAUGUCUUAGGGAAGGGGUUUAAUAAGCUGGCGUUGCUGGGCACGGUGGUGGCGCUUGUGUUGGGGGUUGGGGGGUUGAGGGGUUUGGUUCGCAAGAAGCAGAUCGAUGCAAGGUGGAAGAUGUAAAUCACCGUCGCGAUUAUGAUAGGGUUAAAUAUCGAGCGGGGGUAAAUAGGUACCUACCAGUUAGAUUUCGCCUAGGAAUCGGAAAAGGGGUAUGAGAAAUAGAUAGCAGGGGAAGGAGAUAUGACUGG